AUGUUGCUUAAACAACGUCUCAGAGCACGUGGUCCCACCCCACUCCUCACUGACGUCCUGCACAUGUGGGGUGUCUGCGUUGGUGAUACUACAGCUGGAGUGGCAAUGUGUGCGUGUGCAAGCAUCAGCAUAUGCGCCCCCUCUCUUUUUUCCCUGCCUCUCACCCUGGAGAUCAGGCAUGUGGACGCCUCGCUACACAGGCGUCCUGCGCUCCUACAGCUGAGUGUGAACGUGUGCGGGCCGCAAGUGCUCACUCUUCCUCUCGAGACAACUCGAAAUUUUGCCUCCGCCCUUCCCCCUUUUUCCCUGCCCCUCACCCCGCCCUAUCAGGCACGUGGACCCCUCUCCAUACUGACGUGCUGCGCUCCUACAGCUGGAGCGUCAACGUGUGCGGGCGCAAGCGCUGGCUGUUCCUGGAUCCGGGCGCGCUGGUGCAUGGUGGAGCAAGGAGCAGGGGACGCCAUCUUUGUGCCCAGCAACUGGUUGCAUCAAGUCACCAACCUGGAGGACACUAUUUCCAUCAACCACAACUGGAUCAACGCCACUAACCUCAUGCACACUUGGCGUCUGUUGAAGGAGGACGAGCAGGAGGCGCGUGCAGCGAUCUGCGAUGUGGAGGAGAUGGUGAAGGCGGGGCAGAUGACAGAGAGGGAGUUUCAGCAGCUCGUGCAGCGCAACCUCAUGGCCAACUCGGGGAUGAACUACACUUCCUUCCUCUCUUUCUGCUCUUUCUUCGCCGUGCGAGCCAUGCGCACCGCGCUGCAAGAAGCAUGGCGAUCCGAGAAGGAUGACCUAGUCAUAGACGCACCGGAGGCGCGAGUGAAAGAGCUGGAAGCCAGAUGGACACAGAGCAUGGGAUCGUCCGAGGACAAGGAGGGGGGGUUGACAGAGGAGCUUGGAAGGGGCUUGAGGAGCAGAAGGGGAGGGAGUGGGGGAGGGGUGCAGCAGGGGGCUUUGCAGGGGGGUGUGCGGGGGGGUGUGCAGGGGGGUUUGCCGGUGUUGCUGCAAGCGAAAUAUGACCUGUAUGAGAUUGCAACUGUUCUGGAUGAUAUGGUUCUCACCAAGUGGUAUCAGCAGGGGCUGUGGCGGAGGGAUGGGGAGGGAGGUGUGGAGGGGAAGGGCGUUGAGACGGGAGAGGAGGAAGAGGAGAAGGGAGGGGGGGAGGAAAAGGCGGAAGGGGAGGAGCAAGGUGCAAUUGGUGAGGAGAAGGCUGAGUUGGGACCGUUCAGGCUUGCCAUGCUUUGUAGAAUCGUUGGAGAGCCGUUUGAAGGUGGUGACAAUUUGUUCUUCAGAUGGAGUUAG